CGGGGCGCAGCCCGGCCUAUGGGCGGCCCGCAGCGGUGCGGCGCCGCAGAGCCGGAGCCCCGCACAGCUGGGCGGCCUUACCCGGCCCUGCCGAGCCGCAGCGCGCCCGGAGCCCGCCCGCCGAGGAGCCCGGACGCCUUAGCAGCUUCAAGAAACAGAAAAAAGAGCUCUCAGGAUGCCAGAGCCAGCAAAGUCCACUUCUGCCCCCAAAAAGGGCUCCAAGAAAGCCGUGACAAAGACCCAGAAGAAGGGCGAUAAGAAACGGCACAAGAGCAGAAAAGAGAGCUACUCCAUCUACGUCUACAAGGUGCUAAAGCAGGUCCACCCCGACACUGGCAUCUCCUCCAAAGCCAUGGGCAUCAUGAACUCAUUUGUCAAUGACAUCUUUGAGCGGCUGGCAGUGGAGGCAUCGCGCCUGGUGCAGUACAACCACCACUCCACCAUCACCAGCAGAGAGGUGCAGACAGCCGUGCGCCUGCUGCUGCCCGGAGAGCUGGCCAAGCACGCCGUCUCCGAGGGCACCAAGGCCGUCACCAAGUACACCAGCUCCAAGUAGCUCAGCGCUUCUUCUCCAGUGGGCGCACUGAGCACAGGCACAGGUAGGCAGCUAUGGUUUGGAUGAAGGUCACAGCUAUUCUCCAUGGCAAUGGACAGACUUGGGAUGGGCAAUAGGAGCUGGCUAGUGGAAGAUGAGGCAGCAAGCUGGAUGCUGGCUUAUUUUCAUUAUGAGUUCAGGAUGUGCUAUGGGUUCCGCACGCUGCGCGUCAGGCGACGCUGGUGGAGGAGGCCUCUGCUUUCACAUCUCAUCUGAAGGACUGGCUGCAGAAUAUCCAGAUUCUCCUUUGUGCUUGAAAAAUAUGCAUGUGUGGUGCUCGCCAUGGUGGCUGGCUGCCCCAGAGAUAUUGCCUCUGAAGUCUUCCUGGCUGCUUUCAUACAGUCGUCCAAGAUGGGCACCAAGAAGACUGCACUGUAUCCACUCUGUGAUAGCCCAGAUCCAUCCUGUUGUACAACAAAACAGCCGUACAGGUCAAGCUGACAUCAACAGCCACAGCAACCACCAGGCACAGUCCAUAGAGUAAAAUCUGUACUGAUCCAGCAGAGAUCCUGCUUGGCAUCAGUGUGCAUGGCCUCUGUUAAAGAUGCUGUGAUAAUGCCAUGUGCUGUCCCUCCUCGUUGCUCCUGAAGGAGGAAGAAUGAGCAGGCUGGUGGCACAGGCAUGUGUGGCCUUACCCACCAGGAUGCCAGAGGCACCAGCUGCCUCCCAGCUUUGCCAAAGCAUCUGGACAGACAUGGGGAAUGGUGGGACCCGGUCAUUACCUCCUCCAGCUGCUUCUUUGCCCACUUUGAGACCUACUUCAAUGUGCAAGACAUUGCUAAUGCUGCUGCUUUUUGGAGACUUUUUUCUGCCUGUGUGCUCCCUUCUGCCAUGUUCACUGUAAGGAUGGACAAGUGAGUGCUGUCCAAGGGGCUGUUGGCAGCUCACCUUGCCCCUGCCUUCCCUGCUUCGCUCAUCUGCUGGCAAGCAAAACAAAAUCAGGGCUGGGUGAAUAGGUAGGGACUCUUAAAAUAUUGCAUCUCACUCAUAUUUCACAGAUUUAAUCAUUCUAAGCUACUUCAGAUAUUCCCCAUGUCUUCUCAAAACCUACAGUAAGGUGAGCAAUAAUAAAAGCCCUAUAAAGCCAUAGAGAUUAGUGGAGGAAUGUCUCAGUUACAAGUUUAGCAUGCCUGAACUGCUGGGUAACAGAUAAGGAGCAUGUGUAAAAAUGGUGUAAAGUUGAAGCUUCCUACUCAAAACACAAAAUUAGCCAACACUGAAAAAAAGUCAGAAUUUCUGGUAGGCUGUAGCACUUUCAGAUCAAAAAUAUUCAUGCCUAAAUUGCUUUUUGCAAUUUAUUCUGUAAAUAAAAAGAGCAGCAGAGACACAGGAUCCAGAACUAACGCAGGUACUCUCUGAAAUCCAUUGCUAAUGAUAGGGUAAAUUCCUACCCCUAAGUAACAAUCUUGUUUUACAUCUCUCGUUUUCCACUACUUUUUAUCCUCAUCUUUUUUUCUCUGCCCUUUGAGAAUGAUGGAGACCCUUGGCAGCUUGGGGUCUGAGCAACCCACAGCCAAAACCAGGCUCUCCUGCUGUGCUUUGCUCAGUGGUAGAACACAGGAGGGUUUUCAGCCACAUUUCAUACAGUAGGAAUCAAUGGCGAUAUCUUUCAGAAAGCACGAGCUGUGUCUCUGGACUCCAGCACCCAUAGCAAGCAGCUCCCAGCCGCAACAGCUGUAUUGGGCAGCAGCGAUCUGUCACCAACCUCAGCCAUUUAUUUCCUCGUGGCACUUUGGAAGAGACAGCUUAGCACUCCCUUUGGUUUUCCAAUUAAACAGUCAAAAUCAGAUACCAAAGAUGAAAAAGUACCUGCACUGUCGUACCUGCACUGUUGAACCACCGCCACUGUCCCCUCUCCCAGCAGAAGUCAGAAAGCAGAGGUUCAGAGAGGGAAUAAGGCUGUUUCAAAGAAGAGAAAUGGCAAUUUAAGACUGCAGAAGUACUUGAAGGCUUAAGGGGGUUUUUAGGUUGCUUAACGCCUGGUGGCUGUGACUGAUCAUCUCCAUCCACCUACAGCUCAGGCUGUCAUUUCACACAUAAUUUGCUCCUCACUCUCCCUUCCUAUCACUUUCUGUUUGCCCCUGACAAGCUGAAGGAGAGGACUGAGGAACUGAACCGGGUUAAAAUGAAAGUUAUUUUUUCUUUUACUCUUGCAGGGUUCAUUUGAACCCAUUUCUGGUGGCUGCUCUGAUUUGUCACUGUCACACAGACACUUGCGGCAGCCACGGGAGGGCCGAGGUGGGACAGGCAAGGCUGCCAUCAGCUGGGACUUCCUCAGAAGCAGUUGUGAGCUCAGUGGAUGUAGUGUCAGAGCACAAGUGACAAAAUGAAACCCGUGUCUGUGCCAUCUGUGCAGGUUCACAAUCACAUCAGUUCAGCGGGAGCUAUUUUGGCUGGGAUGGGCUUGGGCUGAGCCUUAGGGGCAAUAGAAAAUGGUCUGAAAGUGGACGGAUCAAAGCAGCAAUUGUCCACUUAUUAAGCAUCAGUGUGGCAUGUUGCACAGGUCCCUGGUGAGGGGUGUUCAGCAGAAAAGAGGGUUUCAUGCUUGUGUGUCUGUGCUUGUUAAGAAGUCUUUUCAGCUCUGGAACUGAUAAAAUAGUUUGGAAAUGAAAAUAAUAUGCCAAGUAAUGCUGGUCCCACCUGAUUCCUACUGCAACAACAGAAGCACCUCUGGGACGUUACCAUGUUUUGCUAACCAAUAAAAAAAAGAGCUGUACUGAAGGUUGGAAAAGGAAGCUGCACAGAGUAACAUAGCGUUGAUGUUAACCCCAUGUUAGUCACCGCACUGAGUUACUUGGUUUUAUGUACAGUUUAAGAGAUAAAAUUAGCUGCAAUAGAUCUGUGUCCUAGGGAGGAUCCUGAUUCCCAAGAGGGACUUCAAGACCACGCUUCACCUAAACCUACAGAAGAACUGAGCAGCCACAUGCAUGGCCUGGGGGUUUACUCACACUCCAGGCAGAUGGAUCUUCACUUAAGGAUGGCAAACGAGUAGCAGCACACAGAGGAGGAGGGCCUGUCUUGGAGGUCACUGUGUGUGUGACCUGAGACCUGUGUGGACCUGACCUGAGACCACCCUCAAGGCAGAGGUACCCCCAUGUUCCCACCACACCCAGCCAAGCUUGGCAUGGCUCGUGCACAGCCCCAGGCCUUCCUCCCACCACAGCAUCUCCUGACGCCUUAUGUCCAGAGCAAACUGUUUACAGGGAAAGGAAGAAUGUGAUAUGAACCAUAAAAAUCCAUAAAAAACCUGCUGCUAGGAUUUGGGAAGUUCCCUGGGACCAGCCCCUGGGGAGCAAUCUUUCGUGCUUGCAUCCAUGCAUGGUAUCUUGCAGGCUUGUGUACACAGAGUUUUUCUGACAAUAAGUGUUACAUAAUGUACGGUCUGUGUUAUAUUACUGUUUUACGAGAUACAUUGCAGCUGAUUACCUGUUUUCUGUUAAACAUAUAAAUAAAUGCAGACCUGUUGGAAGCCAGGUGAGAUGAA